UUACCCCUUUGGCAUUUUAUGAGUUUCAUCCACUUUCCUCCUGCUUUAGCACACCUCUAUAGCUUUCUUCUCACAAAACCACUCUCUCUCUCAAAAUCAAGGUACAGCUUUCUCUGGAGUACAGCUUUCAUGGCAGUCUUACUUUGAAUCAAUUCUCUACUAUAACCAGUUAACUGCACGGAUCGUUGCCAUUAUCGAUCAACCAUGAUGGGCAGCACAGGCAGCGGAGGUGCAAAUGACGUGGAAGCCGGAUUUGCGAAGCUUCAGGGCGAGGACUUCGAAUACUACAUGCAAACUUACUCGAUAAUUUUGGGUAGGAACAGUAAGAAAUCGACGGUUGACGUUGAUCUUUCUAGCCUUGGUGGUGGCAUGAACAUUUCCCGCCACCAUGCCCGCAUCUUCUACGACUUCCAGCGUCGUCGCUUCGCUCUCGAGGUCCUGGGCAAAAAUGGAUGCUUUGUCGAAGGGGUUCUUCACCUACCCGGAAACCCACCUGUGAAGCUCGAUUCCCAGGACCUUCUUCAGAUCGGAGACAAGAAGUUCUACUUUCUCUUGCCUGUUCGAAGUAUUCUUGGAGGCUCAGUUCCUCCUCGACAUAUACCGUCGCAUCAUCCUACUCCGCCAAUGCCGUCUUCGGCUGCCCACUUGGGUCCUCCUUCCCGUUUCACUGCACCGCAUCCGCCGCCGAAGUUUGGUAAGAAGGGGAGGAUUAGGGCAUCGACUGAUUACAUGGAUGAUGAUGAUGAAGACGACGACGAUGUUGGGGGUGUUAUCCCCGCUGCGAGCAGGAAGUUGCGGAGGCCGGGAGAUGGCCAUGAAAUGUAUGGAUAUGGUGGGGCAGCUGCUGGAAAGCCGGGGCCUUCUCCUGGACCAUUGGAGAAAAAAGGAGAGGCAAGGUCAAGGGCUGAUAGAGAUGCAGAUAAUCACCAACUUUUGCAGUUAGAAGAAAAAGAUGUCGUUUCAUCUGUUGCUACUGUGCUUUCUGAUCUUUGUGGUCCAGGAGAGUGGAUGCCCAUGGCAAAACUUCAUACUGAGCUGUUAGAGCAGUAUAGCAAUAUCUGGCAUCACACUCGUGUGCGAAGAUAUCUCACUUCUGAGGACUGGCCUGCCAAUGAAUCCAAGGGCAGACCAUGGUAUGGACUGCUUACAUUGCUAAGAAAAUACCCGGAACACUUCGUCAUCAACACAAGGUCCAAAGGACGGGUGACAUCAGAGUUUGUUUCAUUAGUUUCCCUGCUUUCCUAACAUCACAAAUGUCACAAGGUCCUUCACUAUGGUAGCGGGAAAUUAGGGAUUCGGGAACCCCUGAAACUAUAGUUG